AUGUCGCUUCCCAGGACACCUGCAAAUACCAAUCGCACAAUGCUCGUGCUGAGUCCUCAGCCUGACAACAGCAGACAGCAGUUCAACCUGUCAUUGAUCGAGCUGGAGGAUUUCACAACGAGCCUCAUCUCCAACGACAACACGAGGACACAAACCAACGCAAAUCCCCAGGUUCUGGCCCACGACAACAUCAACAACAACAUCCAGCCUCUUCCAGCCUUGAUCAAUGAGAUUUCAGACAUUUUACUAGACCCUCUCGUCGAAAACCAGUAUGGUUAUUUCAAGGAGGAGAUCCGGAAGCGCUUCACCGACUCAGCAGACAAACAGCUCGAAAAGGCAUUGUCUCAGCUGACUCUUGGUAAUCAAAAGCCUUCCCAGCUCCUUCGCAAAAUGAGAGCCUUAGUAGCAGGACGAGCCUCUGAGGACAUUCUACGGGUCAGAUGGCUUUCCCUCCUGCCCCUCGACGUUCAGAGAAUUCUCAAGGCCACCAGGUUCACAACCUUGAGCGACUUCACCCCCGUCGCAGACGAGCUCAUGGAAGUCUCCUCGACAGCAUCGGUGAUGGCCGCAUCCUCUCACGCAAGGUUUGCUGUGCAAAAAAGCUCAGACCCAGUGACCACUGAACUCGCAGAGCUCAGACAGGCAAUGACACAACUCAUUAACCUUAACCGGACCAUGGCAGAGUCCCUCGAGAGACUGCACAUAUCUUCGAGGUCCAAGUCCAGGUCUCGAGCCCCUUCAAUAUCACGCUCUUCAUCGCCAGCGCCACAAGUUCUGGCAGUGGGCGACAGCGCCUUCAAUAACAAUGACCACGACAUCAGAGAACACCACCUAUUUUUCUUCGAUCCUUUAACAAAGACCCAAUUUCUGGUCAACACAGGCUCUGUUAUCUCCAUCAUACCCAGAGCAGCGACUCAACCCCAGGAGAGACCAGCAGAGUUGAAGCUCUACGCUGCCAACGACGUCCAGACAGCGAUCAUUGGAGCAGACUUUUUGGUGCAUUUCGGCCUGCUAGUCGAUCUCCAAGACCGCAGCCUCUUUGACAAGACAACUAAUCUUCAAGCCCCUGGUCAGCUGUCGAGCUUCCACAAGUACAUUGACGUCACAAAGCCAGCAGCGAUCCCAUCCAUCAGCACCAGCAGUCGAACGGCUCACCACAUCCCUACGACUGGUCCCCCAGUAGCAGAGCGACCACGUCGUCUUGCUGGCGAGAAGCUCCAAGCAGCCAAAGACAACUUCGACCUUCUCUUGCAGUACGGCGUUAUUCGCCCCUCCAGUAGCUCCUGGGCCAGCCCAGUCCACAUGGUGCCAAAGAAAAAUGGUGGCUGGAGAGCCACAGGAGACUACAGACAGCUGAAUCGGCAAACACUGCCCGAUCGUUACCCAAUUCCACACAUUGAGGACGUCAUCCAAUCCUGUCACGGCAGCAGCAUCUUCACAACGCUCGAUCUGGUACGAGCGUACAAUCAGAUCCCUGUCGCUACCGACGACAUCGCAAAGAACGCCGUCACCACGCCCUUCGGUCUUUUUGAGUUUGUCGGCAUGCCCCCUGGGCUGUGCAACGCAGCACAAACCUUCCAAAGACACAUGGACGGCCUUCGGGACAUCGACUUCGCUGCAUACUACAUCGAUGACAUCAUAAUCUUCUCCAAGGACCCUGAAGAGCAUCAGGGACAUGUGGAGACCAUCCUCAAGCUACUGCUGGACAACCACCUGUCCAUCAACCCCAGCAAGUGCCAGUUCGGUCAAGAAGAGUCACCUCCACCAGCCAAGGUUGAGACUAUCCUGCAGUUCCCCAAGCCCGAGACAAUUGAGGAUCUACGCCGAUUUCUCGGGAUGGUGAACUACUAUCGACGUUGCAUUCCCCAAGCAGCUGCCAUACAAGCUCCUCUCAACGAUCACCUGAAAAAUGCCAAGAAGAAGGACAAACGCGAGGUGCCAUGGACUCCAGAAUCGGAGGCAGCUCUGGAGCUGUGCAAACAAAGAGUUGCCUCCGCAGUCAGAGCGUCAUUCCUGUUCCAUGCAGCACCAUUGGCCCUGUCAACAGACGCCUCUGACUCAGUAAUCGGAGCAGCCCUCGAGCAGUUCGUGAAUGACAACUGGCAGCCCCUGGGAUUUUUCUCGAGAAAACUGAGCCCCACGGAGACUCGUUACAGCACGUACGACCGCGAGCUUCUGCCCAUUUUCUCUGGCAUCAAGUACUUCAAUCACAUAGUCGAGGGCCGUGAGUUCGUUGUCAAGACAAACCACAAACCCCCGUCUACGCUUUUCAUCAACGUCCAGAGAAAGCAUCACCGAGACAGGUAA